CGGGCGGAUCUUCGUCUUGUCUUUGUUGACUUCAUCUAUUAUCGCACGCCACGCCGCGACUGCAGUGUGCAACCACCGCUGCUGAGCAGAGCAGGGCGACUGCUGGUUAGACACGUAAGAGGUGCAUGCGCUCCAUCAGCCUGGCCGCCAGGGGUCAAACUCGUGCCCGCCGCAUACUCGCCCAAAUCGCCCAACCCGCCCAACCCGCGCCCUCUUUACGGUCCGCUGUGCAGCUGCAGCCUGCCAGCACAUCAAAGACAAUCAAUAGGUACAUCUAUCCACUGCGCUCCCGCUGCUGUUAUGACCGUUGGCUUGGCCGCCCUCCUCGCCGGGGGCCCCUUCUGAUUUCUUUCCUCUGUCCCUUCCGCCUUCCGCCUUGCGCCACCAUCUCCCAUCACGUGUACCCUUUUCGCCGCAAUGCAGGCCUCUCAGUUCUUGCCAGGAUGGUCGACGUCGCCUCAGAAUGCCCAGCCAAAGCACCCUUUUCUCCACCAGACCAUGUCCGUCUCCAACUUCCGCGCCGAGGAUCGUUCCCCGUGGGAAUGGCCCCGCUCUCCACCUUCGCCUAGCGCCUCGUCCUCGUCGUCUGCUAGCCGCAGCAUGACUCCUACGAGCAGCAAUCCGUGGGCAAACAGCGUGGGUCCCUUGGUCUCGUCGGUCUCGUCGGACUCGCCCCCGCGCUUCCUACCGUCGUGCCCGACGCCGCCAUCCAUGAGUCGGAGUAUCACUCCUUCCUCCAGCAGGUGCACGACACCGACGGCACCUGUCGCACCAAAGCCGCUGAAUGCAACGAAACCACCCGGCUUCAUCAAUAUAACUUCCCCAAUGAUGUCGCCCGUGUCUCCAAAUGGCGAUAAGCAGAUGAGAGAUACAAGUGGAUUUCCUACGCCGGCGCCAAAUCCUUUUCGUGAGAGCGUGGGGUUCGUCAGCCUCUCGCCUUUGGCUACGGCUAUCAUAACGCCUGCACUGGAGAAGCAAUAUGUCCAUCGGGAAUCGCCCACACUGAUCAGUCGUCAGGGCUGGGAGCGUUCCACUGGGCAGCGGGCUUACACUUGGGCUCUCGGGAAUUCCAAGACGGCGUUACUGUUCCUCAUGUGUGACGAUAUAGCAGCCUGGCGGCGCGCAAGCUUCUAUUGGCUCGAGGACAGUAAGAUGCCUUUUACGGAGGCGGACCUCGAGGGAAUAGCGACAAACCCGAAAAAGGUGGUAGAUAAUCAAUGGCGUGUACUAACCCGCGAGUUACCGCAAAAUGGCUCGCACAUUGAUUUCCAGCCGCGUGAAAUCAUCCCGCUGCAGUCACUAGGUUCCUUGUCGAACGGGCCCGAGAACCCGAGGAAGACACUGGACAGAGUUCGCUGGCGCGGCGAGGACAGCGGACGCUUCUAUGUCCGGAAGCGCUUUACCUUUGACCGUCAGGCUGAGAAGCUAGGGCUGCUGUCCCAGAUACAAAGGAUCAGAACACUAGAGCACCCCAACAUUGCCAAGAUCGUCUGCUCCUACAGCCAAGGUGCUUCAGUCGCUUUUGUAACUGCACAGGCGCAAUUCAGUUUGGAGGAAUAUCUGCAGCAUCCGCUGGCUUCGACACGGCCAACCCUCCUCCUCACUUGGAUUCAUGAUCUAACCCAAGCACUCGCAUAUAUUCAUACCACAGACCUCUUGCACGCCUCUAUCCGUCCAUCCAAAAUCCUCAUAGACAAGAACGGUACACGCGCCUUCUUUUCCGCAUUUGGUAUCGCCAUUGAACCCUCCACCAGCUCACCGCGCGGAGGCAGCAACUCACCACGCGGAGGAAGUAACUCACCACAUGGCAGCGGCCACGGCAACACCUUGAGUACUCUGUCUAACAGCCAAAUCGCUUCCGCCAUGCGUCCGCUUAGCGAAGCAGCUUACAUCUAUGCCGCGCCUGAAGUUAUCCAGCGCCACCGACACCGUUACUCGACUGACAUAUUCUCGCUUGGCUGCGUCUUCCUCGAGAUGCUGACAGUCGCCAAGGGUCAAACCGUCAGCAACUGCCGCGCCUACCGCGCACACUUCUCGCAGGAUCCGUCAUUCCACGCGAACCUCGAGCGUGUUGGCAGCUGGCGCAAGUUGUUGAUGCAGCUCAACAGCCGCGGGACCACGGGCACGGCCGGCAUUGGAGGCUCCAAGCGGGAGGAUGAAGUCACAGAGUACCAAGCUCUCGGUUUUGUGGGUGCCAUGAUACACGCCGAGAGCUCAAAGCGGCUGAAGAUGAGACAACUCGCGCCGCACGUCUCGAGGUGGAACGAAGCGAGGACCGUGCACCGGAGACGUAGCUUUGACGGCGGGGAUGCCGCCACGGGCGGGACGGGAAGCUUGAGAUGGGCGAGUGCGACUGAUAAGCAAGGCCUUACUCAAGGCAGCUUGAUCAGCUUCUGAUAUGGCUCUGGAAGCCACCUUGACUGAACCCCUUCCUUACUGUCUGCUUCAUUACUGUUCUCGGGAUUUAUUCCUACAGAUGAUUUAUGCCGUUUGGAUUGAAUGAGACAACGAUUGGACGAGGAUUUUGGUUUGUUAUCCUUCACAACUUCUUUUCCCUUUAGCAUUGGGGCAUGAAGACAAUAUUUUAAGCGAGGUUAUUUGGCGUUUUCUAUGCAUCACAUGUAGAUACUGGGUCGGCCCAUUUGAUAUACCCCUGUUGCAGUUCUUCUCGUUUUCAUUAUUGUUGUUUUUGCCACCUCGUUCGUUACAGGGCAAUCAAUCAUCAGUAGUACACCAUUCGCCCA